GUCCCGGCGCCGCCCCCAGCGCGGAGCCCCCCGAGGGCUCGGGCUCGGACCGGCCGGUGCUGCUGCGCUGGCUGGAGGAGCGCUGGGCCCGCGGCGAGGUCAUGGUCAGCCUGGACCAGCUGUGCGAGGCGCUGGAGGAGCUGGGGGCCGGCGAGGAGAUCUAUGCACAUUUUGACAUCGAGUGGAAGAGCACAGUGGACGUUGAGAAAAUGCUGGAGACCCUGAAGAGCUGCAGGGGCACCAGCCUUCGAGGGGAGCUGAGUUACGUCACCAGGAAGCUCCAGGCCUGCUCCCUGGCUCCUGGUUUCAUUGACAUCUUUUCUGAAUCCAAGGAGAGCCUGGGCGUCUACUCCUCCAUGAUCUUGCGAUUCCUCCACCAGAAACGUGUCGCCAGCAUGGCGCUUCCAUAUCCGCUCCUGGAUUAUUGCCACACCAUCUGUGCCAUGAGGUCAUCUGUGCUCAGAGAGUCUCUGGAUCAGCUCGUGCAGAAGGACAAGGAGGGCCCUGGGGAGCUGAGCCGCAGCCAGGAGUCCGAGGAGCUCAAGGCCGUCGCCAAGUGCUACACUGUCAUCGAGACAUCGUCCAACUCGGCCGACAUAGACAAGAUGACCAACGGGGAAACAUCCUCCUACUGGCAGUCCGACGGCAGCGCCCGCUCCCACUGGAUCCGCUUGAAGAUGAAGCCAGGUGUCGUGCUCAAGCACCUGUCCAUCGCCGUGGCAGCCAGCGACCAGAGCUACAUGCCGCAGCAGGUCACAGUGGCAGCGGGGAGGAACGCCAGCAGUCUUCAGGAAGUCCGAGAUGUUCACAUCCCCAGUAAUGUCACCGGCUACGUGACGCUACUGGACAACGCCAACCUUAGUCAGCUGUAUGUCCAGAUUAAUGUGAAGCGCUGCUUCAGUGAUGGCUGUGAUACCAGGAUCCAUGGGCUGAGGGCUGUGGGCUUCCAGAGAGUCCGUCGAGGCGGCGUCUCGGUGUCGGACGCUUCUGCCAUCUGGUACUGGUCCCUGCUGACGUCCCUGGUGACGGCAUCCAUGGAAACAAGCCCAGUAUUUGUUCAGACGAUUCUGCAGAACACUCAGAAAGCCCUGCAGCACAUGCCACCGCUGUCUCUCUCACCAGCGUCGACCGACGGGGCCAGCUUCCUGUCGCCCAGUGUCCUGGGCGAGGUGGACGGCUUCCUGGUCAGGAUCACUAGUUGCUUGGCUAACCCAGAAGUGGAGUUGACCCUGCUGGCCUUUGCUCUGGCCAGAGGGAGUAUCGCCAAAGUGCUCAACUCUCUGUGCACCAUCACCGACCACUUGGACGCCAUCUACCAGGCCUCGGCCCUGAUUUCUUCAAUGGCCACCGUCCGACAGACUCUGCUUUAUAAAUAUGGCAGGAUCCUGCAGCCGAUCCUUCAGGCAUGCGACGUCAAAGGGAAAGAAGAAAGGUCGGGGCCAGAAAACCUGCUGGCUGAGCCGUGGACCGGAGAUGGUUUUCUCACCGAGACGGGCAAGACCAGGGCGAGCGUCAUUUUCUCCACGGGCACGGAGGUGGCCUUCCAGGUCACGCAGCUGAGGAUCAAGGUGCGCCGUGGGGACAUCGGGGCCCAGUGUGGGCUGGUGUUUGCUUAUAAUUCUUCCUUGGAAAAGUUCCACGCUGAGGAGCACUUUAAAAGGUUCGAGAAAUAUGACACGUGGAAGCUCCAGGAGUUCCGGCAGUUUUUAAAAAGCAGGGUGGGUGGCUCCUCUGCAGAACUCGGGGAGGAUGAGCCGGCCGGCUGGUUUGAAGCUGAGGAGGACUGGGACGAAGUGGAUGUGAAGAUGCAGCAGUGCCGGGUGGCCAAGUAUUUGAUGGUCAAGUUCUUAUGUACGCGACGAGAUACGGCCGAGCGCCUGGGUGUCCAAGGCCUGAGCGUGUAUGGCUACCUGCGACCUGCUGGUGUGGAGCUUGGCCCGAGCACGGACUGCGCCACCUGUGACCCCGAAGCCAACCGCAUCUGUGGCAUGACCCUGCUCCUGAAGACGCUGUCCUUUGUCCAGCAGCUGGCCCAGGACCUGGCGCGACAGAGAGAAAGCGGCUUCAAGCACAAACCGCUGCUGGACAUGGCUGGCCUCAGCCUGCGGGUCGUCUGGGGCUUUUACAGCAAGCUGGAGGCCAGGCCAAGAGAAGAGUGCGUCCUGGCACGGAUCAUGCUGCUGCAGCUUCUCCAGAGCUGUUUGUCCGAGCUCUCGGCGGACCCCCAGCCCAGCGCCACAGCUCAGAGCAGCGGCAGCGUGCAGGCUGCCCCAGAGGAGCUGUACACACACCUGUGCCAAGUGGCGGACCGGGCCAGCUACGACUCCUGGCCAAUGAAAAGGCUCCAGGAGGAGGUGAGGACAACGCUUCUGCAGGGAGCCGCUGUCUUCUUUCCCAGUGGCCUCGCCCGGCGCCGUCAUCUGUUUGCCAUGAUGAACAUCACGGAGCCGGAGCAGAAGCCUUCUGUGCAUCUCACCUUCCGGUCCUUGUGCACGUAUUUCAGUGGCUGUGACCCCGGGGGCCUGUUGCUGCUUCCAGAGAAGGGAGGUCCCGAGGGGCUGGACGUAUGCGAGGUGCUGGCCGUCAUGGACACACUGCAGGUGGCUGCUGCCCGCGAGUGUGACAUGCUGAUGCAGGGUGUGGCCCCAGGGGAGAGCAGCCCUGCCCUAUUUUCCCUGCUCUGGGCCGUGCAGGGCAGCCUGCUGUCCUGGUGCUACCUGCAGCUGAAGGGCAGCGAACCGCAGGCCAAGAAGCUGGCCAUGGAGAUGGUGGAGAGAUAUGUGGGACAGUUCCUGGCUAGCGUGAGAGUAGUUUUGCAGUCACUUUUGUCCAAGUAUGGUGGAAAAACAAUAGUAGAAAAUUUGUGUACCUCUGUGUUUGCCAUGGCGACCCGUCAGCUGGUCAUCUUCCUGCUGGACUUCUGCCCCUUGGACAUCCCACACUUGGCGCUCUUGAAGGAGUUCAGCACUUUGACAUCCCUCUUGAAGGACCUCUGCAGUGACCCCGAUGGAAGCCCCAGUCAGAAGGACAUGGACGUCUGGCAGCAAGAGAAGCCGGUGGUGUUGAACACUUGGGCAGUGGAAUCUGCCCAUAACUAUAACAACAACUGCCACGAGGUGGCCGUCUUCCUGAGCCCGGGGGCCACCUCCUUUGAGGUGGAGUUUGAUGACAAGUGUGAAACGGAGACCAGGUACGAUUACCUAGAGUUCACCGACUCUCGAGGCACAAAGACCCGCUAUGACACCAAGGUCGGCACGGACAAGUGGCCUAAGAAAGUGACCUUUAAGGCUGGCCCCCAGCUGCACUUUCUCUUCCACUCGGACAGCAGCAACAACGAAUGGGGCUACAAGUUCACCGUCACAGCCUACGGCCUGCCAGACGUGGCCGUAUCCUGGGGCCUGGACCUGCAGCUCCUGGUCUCCAGGCUGAUGGGGCGCCUGGCGUCCCAGUGUCUAGCCUUGCGAGCAGAUCAGUUAGGGGGGGACGUGGGACUGCCCAUGGCCAAAGUGACACCCAUCCUUCACUCCCCUUUGUGGAAGCCAGUCUUCAGGCACCAGCUAUGCCCGGAGGGGUAUCCGGGAGCCUGUGGGCCCACUCCUCCACCCCAGGAUGCCAGAGAGAGUCGGAGUGCUCAGGCUGACGUCUGCCGCGAUCUCCUCAUAGACUUCGCAAAGUCAGACCCUGCCCAGGGCUACUGUGGGCAAAGUCCUGAGCUUUUCCAAGGACUCACACAGGCAUGUAAAAAACAGGCCCUGCAGACAGAUAGCGUUGCCGGUUCCGCUGUGGAUCGAGCCGUGAACGCCGCAUUUGCCGCGUUGGUGUAUCUCACGCCGCAGCUGUAUGAGAAGCUGCAGAGCUAUGUUAACAGCGGGGGCCAGGGGGUGCUGAGUGAGGAGUUUGCCCAGGUGUACGCCCUGGCUGAGGGCAUCAGGAUAUGGAUGUUAGAAAUGAAGCAGAAGUUCUUGCUGGACAAGGGAGACGAGACGGAAGGAGCGUCAGACGGCGAUGCACAGGAGGUGAAUCCGGAGAGCCUGGCCCGACAGUGCACUCAGAAGAGUCUUUUGUUGCUGCAAUUCCUGCCCGUGGGAGCGAGCCCUGGAGCGGGUCCCGGGGAGGCGUUGGCGGGCCCAGAUGAAGCCAUGCUCUGCCAGCCGCAGGGCCACAGGCAUAGGGGUGGCUCUGUGGGGGAGGGGCAUUUCCAGGCCUCGGGGCCUGAGAGCCCCUGUCAGCAGGCGGAGGCCUCGCUGACCCCUUCGGGUGUGCCCCUGGAAAGGAGUGCUUCACAGCCAGAAGAUGCGGUUUCUCCUCCGUCCACACCGACCCGCAAACCGGCCCUCAGUCGAGGACGCCUGAGGCUCCUCUCUUUCAGGUCUGUGGAGGAGGCCCGGCCAGUGCCCGCAGUGACUGAGAAAUACCCCUUUCUCAAGGAUGUGAUGGACUUCAUUAAGGACCAGACGCUUUCCCACGAGAGCAUUUUGAAGGUCCUUUCUCUGAAGAAGGUCCAGGCCGAGAGUGUCCUGGAUGCCCUGCAGGCGGCCCUGCAGUGCCUGGAGCUCCUCGGGCAGCCUCACUGCUUCCAGCCCCCCUGUCUGCUCUUCCUUCUGGAGCUGCUCACCUGCCAGAAGGACUUUGCCAGCUACUUUGGACAGCUGGAGGGCUGCGGGGCAGAGCUGCACAGAGAAAUCCGGCAUGCCUACCACCGCCUUGUCUGCUUCGUGGCGGAUGCCGUGAAGGGCUUUGGCGCCCUCAAGGACAGGUCACUCCUCCCUGCCUUGUCCUGCAUUCAAGCUUCCUUGCUCCAUCUUCUGGAUAUGGGCUGGGAGCCCAGCGAUCUCCCCUUCCUCCUGGAGAUCAGCUUGCCCGAGCUGCUCAUGACGAUGUCACAGGAGAACAUAAGUCUGCACGACAGUGUGAUUUGCCAGUGGAGUGAGGAAGACGAGAUGGUGGCCUACAGAGAGACAUCAGAGUGGAUGGAGGAGUGCCAGGACGGCAUGUUCGAGGCCUGGUAUGAGAAGAUCGCCCAGAUGGACUCGGAGAAGCAGAGGAAGAUGCACAUGUUCAUCGCCCGCUACUGCGAUCUGCUGAACGUGGACAUCUCGUGCGACGGGUGUGAUGAGAUCGCCCCAUGGCACCGCUACCGCUGCCUCCAGUGUCACGACAUGGAUCUCUGCAAGACUUGUUUCUUGGGCGGAGUGAAGCCGGAGGGCCACGAGGAUGACCACGAGAUGGUGAACAUGGAGUACGCCUGCGACCACUGCCAGGGGGUGAUCGUGGGCCGCAGGAUGAACUGCGACGUGUGUGAUGACUUUGACCUCUGCUACGGGUGCUACUCGGCCAAGAAAUACUCAGACAGCCAUCUGCCCAGCCAUGGCAUCACAGUCUACCCCAUGGUAACAGUUCGCACCAGUGACCGCCAGAGGCUUAUCCAGCCCUACAUCCACAACUAUUCCUGGCUGCUCUUUGCCGCCCUGAUGCUGUAUACCGCCGACCUGGCCAGCGGGGGCCGGGUUGAAGGGGAGAGGCCGGGCACCGAGGCCCGACAGGCCGCUGCUGCCCUGCAGGGUCAGAGCCUGCAGCUCAUCGGGGACUGCCUGCUGAAGGCACAGCGGGCCAAAGAUGGGGCCUCAUCCUCGGAAAGCCAGGUGAUCCUCGUCAGCCGGUCUCGAGAUGCUGCUGCCGAGGAGGCGGGCAGGAUGGACCAGGGCCACCAAGAUAUGUGGGAUGAAACCCUCUCGUCAGGUGACAGAAGGGCCAGUCGAGGGGACAGAAGUCCGACUUCAGUGAAGGCGCCGUCAGGCCGAGCCUCCCCUGAUGCCCCCAACGACGUCCCAGAGCUUCCAGGUGCUUCCUCUUUGAAGACAGUGGAGGAGAAAAUUGUAGCCCCGAGCCCCGAUCAGGUGUUUGCAGAAUGUUCCCAGAAGAGAAUCUUGGGCUUGCUGGCUGCCACGUUGCCACCUUUACAAUCAAGCUCCACCAUCUCCUGGGCAAACCUGGACCACAUUCUGCCCCUGAUGUUCCAAGUGGUGAUCUCAAAUGCGGGCCACCUGAACGAAACCUACCACCUAACGCUGGGUCUGCUGGGCCAGUUCGUCAUCCGGCUCUUGCCAGCCCAGGUGGAUGCCGCGGUGACCAAGGCCCUCUCGGCCAGACGCACUCUGUUUUCGGCAGGGGAUGGGUCCGCUGCGCCUGAAGGCUGGAAGACAGUUCACCUGCUCUUCAGCCUGGGAGCCGUGUGCCUGGACAGCCGCGUGGGCCUGGACUGGGCAUGCUCCAUGGCAGACAUCCUGCGUGCCUUGCAUGGCUGCCCCAGGUGGCGCGGCGUGGUGGCAGCUUUCACGGAGCACUGCCUGAAGCAGCUGCCCUUCCAGCUGAAGCACACCAACAUCUUUGCGCUGCUCGUGCUCGUGGGAUUCCCCGAGGUGCUGUGUGUGGGUGCGCGCUCCGUGUACUUGGACAACGCCAACGAGCCUCACGACGUGAUCGUCCUGAAGCACUUCAUGGAGAAGAGCCGGGCCGUCGUCGUGGACGUCAAGACCCGCAAACGGAACACAGUCAAAGACUGCCAGCUGGUGCGGCCGUGCGGCCAGGGAAGCACGGCCUCGUGCACGCCGCUGAGCUCACACCUACACCACUUCACCUCCAUCAGCAGCCACCUGCUGCAGAGCAGCCUGGACCACAGCUGCGUAGAGGCCGUGGAGGCCACGUGGGUGCUGUCCUUGGCUCUCAAAGGCCUGUACAGAACCCUGAAGACGCAGAGUCUUGAAGGAAUCCAUGCGAUCUUCCUGGAGUCGGGCUUACUGAAGCUGCUGGUGAAGAAAUGCAGCCGAGGCACCGGCUUCAGUAAAACAUGGCUCCUGCGUGACUUGGAGAUCCUGUCCGUCCUGCUGUACUCAUCCAAGAAGGCCCAGCGGGACCCCGGGGCUGGGCCUCCGCGGCUGGGCAGCCCUCCGGGGGACACGGGGCAGAGCAAACCCGACCCGCUUGAGGGCCUGGAUGAGGCCACCAAAGUCUGUUUCCUGAUGACCCACGAUGCCCUGAACGCCCCCUUGCCGAUCCUCCGGGCCAUGUACGAGCUGCAGAUGAAGAGGACGGAUUCCUUCUUCCUGGAGGUUCAGAGGAGGUUUGAUGGGGAUGUGAUCACCACUGACGAGCAGAUCCGGAGCCUCGCCCAGAAAUGGCAGCCCCGGAAGCACCUGCAGCUGGAGGAGCCGAGCUCGCGGGCCGUGGACACAGACAUCAUGGUUCUGCCGUGCUGGUCGAAGCCCGCGGCCUGCGACCGAGCAGCCGAAGAGUCUGACCCUGUGACCCAGAAGUUGAUCGCCAGCACCGAGAGCGACCUGCAGGUCAGCUAUGCCAAGCAGCAGCGGGCCAAGAGCGCCGGGCUCCUGCACAAGGAGCUGGGCACUCGGGCCAAGAGCGCCGCCCGCACCUAUCUGCACCACGUGAACGAGGCCACGGCUGUGCUCUAUGCCAGGCACGUGCUGGCCUCCCUGCUCGCCCAGUGGCCGGAGUCCGUGCCCAUCACCACCGACGUCCUGGAGCUCGGCAGCCCGGCCCAUGUGGCCUACAUCCUGGACAUGCUCAUGCAGCUGGAGGAGACGCAGCUGUGGGAGGAGGGGAGGGGCGCACGGGGCGAGAGCCGCGACCCCUCGCCGACGGGUUUCUCGCAGAUUCUGCACAAAGUGCUCCGCGGCUGCAGCGAGGACAUGCUGGGCCCCGUGGCGCUCACGGCCUGCCACUUCAUGGAGGAGCCGGGGACGGCCGUGCAAGUGCGUGAAUCCAAGCACCCGUAUAAGAACAACACCACCUUCGAGGACAAAGUUCACAUCCCCGGCGCCAUCUACCUCUCGGUGAAGUUUGACCCUCAGUGCAGCACCGAGGAGGGCUGUGACGAGCUCACCGUGUCCAGCAGCACUGACUUCCAGCAAGACCGCCACAGUUUCAGUGGCUCUUCCCAGAAGUGGAUAGAUUUUGAGCUUCCAGGAGACACACUAUACUACAGGUUCACGUCCGACAUGAGCAACACGGAAUGGGGCUACAAGUUCACCGUAACUGCGGGCCACCUGGGCAGAUUUCAGACAGGAUUUGAGAUUUUGAAGAAGUUGUUGUCAGAGGAAAAGAUUAUGCCACACCUGCCCCUGGCCGAAAUCUGGGCAUGGCAGGUGAGCGUGGCCUGCCGCCAGACGGGUCACCAGCGCCUCAAAGCAAUCCACUUACUUCUGAAGAUGGUGCAGUGUGGUGCCCCUGGUGACCUCUAUGACCUCACCCUUCUCAAGCCCCUCUGGCAGCUCUUUGCCCAAAUGGAAAAGGGCCUGUGCCAGGAUGUGAGUCAGCCCAGCAUCCUCCUGCCCCUGCACCGAGCCCUCACCGAGCUCUUCUUCGUUACCGAGAACAGAGUCCAGGAGCUAGGCUGCUCGCAAGACUACGUGCUCGCCGUCACGACAGACGACUACCUUGUGUGCUGCACGGCCCAGGCUUUGAGAAACGUCGCCGCCAUCAGUCUCGCCAUUGACUACCCAAACAAAGCGACCGGCAUCUGGAAGGGCUAGCUCUCCGCUGGCCCCCAGCGGGACUCACGUCCUCAGCCACCCUGUGUGCCUGGGCCCGGGCGUACAGGGAGCGCGGGAAGUCCCGGUGCACCAGUGCUUUCAUUAUCCGGGUAGGCCAGCAAGAAGAGCCAUCACAGGAGGCCAUUUCUGAAGGGCCUUCCUCCUCUGAGGAGUGCUCUGUCCGAGCGGGCACGCCUCGUGGGGAGCAGCUGUGGGGAAGCUUUAGCCAUGCUGGCGGAGAAACCCUUUUGGGGCCAGCCCUGGAGCGAUCGCGGGCAGACAAGUGACCUUUCGGAACCGAACAGACUAACACGGUGCCCUCGGGCCCCUGUAUCUGACGGCAGCCGAGCUUCCUCCUCUUGCCCCCCGGAGCGUUUCCACGAGUGCACGGGCUCCUCUGAGUGAUCUCCUUACACGGGCUGGCGCCUGGGGGGAGCAGAAGGCCCAGGACCAUGGAUCACUCUUUGAAAGCAUGAAGGAUUAUCUGCGUUUCUCCCCCUCUCUGUUACUGGUGAUUUCAGAUUUCUUAAGGGGCAAACACUGAGCAAACUGACCUCCAGCUGUGGCUGGAGCAGCUCUGAAAUCAGCAGUAGAGCAAUAAGAGUGGGCAGCUUUAAUCUCAGCCUUCAGGUGUUGGCUUUUGAAGAAAUAGGAAGACAGGGUCGGAGGAAACAUCGCCCACAGGUUCUCACCAUACCCCAAGGCAGACAUUGGCUGCUGCUGUGCGUGCAGCCCUGUGCACUGUGGAUAGGAAUGUCCAAAUGGGAGCCGGGGAAGACUCCGGGUCUGAGGAAUGGGCCAGCCGGUCCCCGUGUGUCUUCGCUCCCCGACCUUGCUCUGCACAGUCCAAAACGUGACUUUGGUGAGGCUGUCGUCCACGCCGACCCGAGAUGUCAUGUGGCCGGACAGGGAAGGGCUUCCUGCUCGGGCGUGUGGGUGUUCUGUCCCCCCAGGGUGGCGCAGCCGGGCCCUGGCUUGCCGGAGAGCAGGGAUGUGGGCGGGGCGGGUGCUCGGGUCCUGGAGUGAAGCGGCCUGGCUUGCGGCCUGGCUUGCGUGGUGCAGAGCUCAGACCCGCCUCAGGACUUACGCAGGAGCCUUUCCUUUGUGGCUUCAGGAAGAUUAGUUGCCAGUUAGCCCUGAACUCAUCAUGAGAUCCGUCCUCUUCUGGCUGCUCUUUUGUUGCUUGGGCAGUCAUAGGAAAGCCAAGCAGACCACUUCUGUUGGCCGAUCAUCCCCCGCCCGAGUUCUGCUAAAGGACUGUGACCCCUCAGACACGACAGAGUGACUGUCCAGUUCACACUGCCUUAUAGCUGACAUCCGGGAUUGUCCCCGAUUUGGGCAGGAAUACAGAGGGAUUCUUGAAGACCCACAUGCUUUGGGCCCCCGCCAGCGAUGCCUGUGGGUCAGAGGGAGGACACGGGUGUUGCUAAGAGGUAUGCUAGAAAUAUGUGCCUAAUGAAGAUUAAAACAAUUCUUUGCUCCAGAUCAUUUACGAUGUAAAAAAAUUGUACUGCUAAUGAAACGCACUUAUUUUCAUUAAACACAGUUUCAGAUUUCUUUUCUUACAGGUUUACUAUUUUGGAUUUUUAUUUGGUUGAAAAAAAAGCAUUGAGGUGAUACCAGUUGAGUUCAGCCUGUAAAAAGAAAGUUGUGGGUAUAAUGUACAAAUGAAGAGAAAUAUAUUGUAAAAAUUCUAUAUAAAACCAA